AUGAGCGCAAGAUGUCUUACGCGUAUUGAAUAUUCAGCACUCAACCAUGUGGUUGAUUUUAAUGAAUCAAAGUCGCUCAUACCAUCUGUAGGUCAACUGUCAGAUGGACAUUACAAUGAUAUUAUAAAAUGGUCCGACGAAUUUUUUUACACCAAUACAAACUAUUUACCAAAUACUGUGUAUAAUUGGUCGAGUUCAACACAAUAUGUUGGUUAUAUUCUAACAAAUCUACCAGCAUCCUUUUCAUUCAAUAAUGGAAAAGCAUACGAUAUUAGUUCUUUUCAAGCAACAUCUGUAUUAGACAAUUAUUUACAAUUAACAAUUAUUGGAUCCUAUAAUGUGAACAAUGAAAUAAGAAUACGUACAAAAUUUGUAACAUUAUCAGCAUAUACAAAAACAUUGAUCGUAUUAAAUUGGUCAAAGAUACUAAGUAUGACAUUUUAUGCAUAUUCAAAUAGUUCAUGCUGUAUUUUUCCGACAAAAGAACCCUUGCUAACUAAUGCAAGAGUAGUUUUCAAUUAUUUAUUGAUCACAAGUACAAUAUUGGAACCAGAUAUUUGUUUAAAUGACACGUAUGAAAUGUGUUCAGCAUUGAUUGGAAAUUGUUCAAAGAUUGAGGACACAUUGUAUAAAUCCUAUCAUUUAUUAAAUUUGGAUAAUGAAACAUUAACAGCGGAUGAUUAUGCGAAUGCUUUACUGGAUUAUUUUACAGCACUCGCAAACAUCGAUAGAAAUUCAUCAGAUUUAGUAUUUAUAUCACCAACUAGAAUUGAUGAAAUAAUUGAAAGAUUUAUCAAUAAAGAACUGACAUAUAAUUACCGUUAUUUAUAUCUGAUAACGUUAAAACUGUCAACAUUGAUUGGGUUUGGUGCUUCUUUUACUUAUGAUUCAAUGUCAAAUGAAAAUGGUCACCUUUUAUCUAGUAUAGAUUUAGAUAAAAAUGUAACCGCUGCCGUUUUUAUUCAUAGUACAGAUAAUGAUGCAGUUGAUUUGUUAACAAUAAUGAUUGUUUAUCGACCGUUGAAUUAUUUAAACUAUACGAACAAUAAUCUGUUAGCAUCAUCCAUUAUUGUUAUUGUUACCCAACCAACAACAGUUCAUAUUAAUCUAACACUCUAUUUUACAGUUUUAUUUCAUUAUCCAUUUAAUGGUAAUUAUACCUAUACUUGUGUUUAUUGGAAUAACUCAAAAUGGAAUGAUAACCGUAAUAUUUGUAUAUACAAAGGAUUUAAUUCAAUUCUAAAUAUACAUGAAUGUUCUUGUAAUCAUAUGACUACAUUUGCCAUGCUAUUUUUACCUUUAACAGUAACACAACAAGCAAAUUCAAAAUAUCGUGCUGCUGAUAUUAUAUCAAUUAUUUUUCAAUCAUUUUCAAUUGUAUGUUUCAUUAUUAUUAUUCUUCAUUCAGCAAUUACAAAAUAUAUUCAUAAAUAUCAACUUCAUCUCUAUGAUUUAACUCCUCUAGCUUCAUGUGGUAGUACAUGUAUUUUAUUUAUAUUUUAUCUUAUACUGACUACUUAUGUUCAUUUAAAUACAUCAUCGCCAGACAGCAAUGUAUGUUCUUCUCAAACAAAAAUUCUAAUGUAUAUUGUUUAUUUUUUGAUUAUAUUUUCAUUUUGUUUAAAAACUUCAGUUAGUUAUACAAAUUAUUUACGUUUUAAUCGACCAUUGAAUCAAACAUCAUCUCGAUUAUUUUAUCUAUUAUUAUUCAUUUCAUUUUUAAUUGGAAUGAUUAGUCUUUGUCCAUUAUUCAUUUCUAAUGUAAUCCAAUUAUAUCCAUAUAAAAUAUGUUGGUUUCAACCAGAUGUUCUAAUUUUCUAUUUAACACUACCAAUUUUAAUAUUUUUUAUUAUUAAUUUAACAAUGUUAAUAUUCAUAAUGGUGAAUCUUUAUAAACGUGUUUAUAGACAAAAUUUCCCAUCAACAACGAAAUCGGAUUAUCUUAAUUAUUUUAUCAACAUGUGUUACACAAAGUUUAGCUUGGGCUAUUGGUAA